AUGGGCUUGGAUGUUCGCUUUGGAUACUAUGGCAUGUGGGGAGCCACCAGAGACUGCGAUACUUACUUGCCUGAGAAUAUCCCGGCUGGGGCUUUGACGCAUAUCAAUCUUGCCUUCGAGUACGUCAGUGAAGAUCACGAGAUAACAGAUACUCAGGGCCCUAUCGUUGCGAGAGCUUCUCGGUUGAAGAAGAAGUAUCCUGGCUUACGUGUGAACAUCGCGCUUGGUGGAUGGGUAUUUAACGACCCUCCUACGCAGUAUCGCUUCUCUGAAAUGGCGUCUAUCACCCCUAAUCGGGAAAAGUUCAUUGCCUCUUUGAUCAGAUAUAUUCGUCGCUACGGACUCAACGGUGUUGAUAUUGGUUCGUAA